AUGACUCGGUACGGGGGCCUAGGGAGGACGCGCCCUAAAAAGCUCACCUCCAAGGCAUCCAUCCCCGUUGUUCGGGAGUCAGACAUCGAUGCCAUCGACGAUGAAAUCCAGAGCUCUCUACAGCAGAUCGAAACCGGCGUCGAAAAGGCCGAGGAGUCGGAAAUUCACCUGCAACGCGCAAUUAAUGCCACUGCCCAAGGCAAAGUAAAUGAGGCACACAUCCCUACUCCCGAAACCAUUCUCAGUAAUCUUCAAUAUGACGAACUCUAUCCUCCCAUCUUCUCGCAACCUGCGACGUACAUUCGCUUCUCCUCGACUGUCGAGGAUUGCUGCGGAUGCCCGUACAACAUGACAGAGGAGGACGAUGUUUUCCUUAAGAUCAUGAACCAGAAGCGCGAUCCAUCUGCUGGUCGUUGCACGGAGGAUAUCUUCGAGGAGGUCAUGAAUUUCUUUGAGGAGACGGCGCAGAUGAAGCAGCCGUAUGCCUCCAUCGAUAAUCCCCCGGUGUUGUCAUUUGCAGAGAUGCAAGACAUGAUGGAUGCCACAUUAGAAGAUCCCAUGAAGAUGUUUGCGAAGGAGAUAUAUGAGCACUGGAAGUCGCGCCGGAUGGCUGUUCAAAAUAACGCACUUGUGCCGCAGCUCAAGUUCGAAACUGGUCAAGACACCGACGACAGUGAUCCAUUCGUCUGUUUCCGUAGACGCGAGGUUCGACAGAUCCGCAAGACUCGUGGUAGAGAUGCGCAGAGCGCUGAAAAGCUCCGACGUCUUCGCAAAGAGCUGGAAGAUGCUCGCGAGCUCGUUGCCUUGGUGCGCCAGCGUGAAGUUGCUCGGAGGGAAAUGCUCUCCAUGGAGCGACACCUCUUCAAGCAGCGUGCUGAGGUCAAGGAGAUGAAGCGCAAGCUCAACAUCAAGGACGAUGAUGAGGACCUCAUCAACCAAAAGCCGAAAAAGAGAGUGCUCGAUAUGCCACCUCAACGCCCCAAUGCUCCUCAACUGCGCAUGCCUCUCAAGGCUGGGCAAGGUGCAGAGGAUUUGCAAUUGCUGGAGGAUGUUCAGGCCGAGAAAGAGAACGAGAUUCUGCGCGAUAUCAAGCAGAACAUCACCAAACACAUCAAGUGGAACGAGGGAUACGUGGAUCACACCCGUGCACCACUCUCUCCUUCUCCAGAAAGGAUAUUCGAUGCGGUUACCUUCCGGCCUGCAUUCACAGCACAGUUGCCCACUCCCCCAUCAUCAGAAUCAUCUGGUGAGAUGGAUACUUCCUUAGACGUCACUAGCCCACUCUUCUCCAGAGAUAAGCUUGCAUCCCAUGCCAUUGAACUGCACGAUGAACCACACCGAAUGCCAUCUUUCCGACGACGAGUUGGACGUGGUGGGCGGUUGAUGAUCGAUCGUCGAAACAUGGGUGCCCGUAAAGUCGAGAUGGAUCCAAUCAAGGCCGACCGGUUCAAGUUCGAUCAAGAAGAUUCCGACGAGGAGUAUGAAUAUGAGACCGAUGCGUACAGCAUCCAAAUCAUGCAGCACCGAGCUAUCACCAUGGCAAAGGCGCGCGAACAGGCUGCGGUGGCUGCUCAGGCUCAUGCGCAGGCGCAAGCACAGGCAGCCCAAGCACAGGCUCAGCGACGACUGCUAGACCAGAAUGGUCAGCAGCCAGGCUCCAUGGGAUCGAAUCUCGGACCAACUGCCGUCGCAGUGUCAGAGGCCUGA